CUUCCAUUUCGCUCAUCACUUACAUCCACCAGCUUCCAACCCAAGCACACACUGUCAUCUCCACGCCACCCAGCACAUCCAAAGUACACGCACCCUCCACUCCCAGCCUCAGCUGCACCCCGCCCCGCCCCCAACCUCUCGCCAUGUCCGACUCUGAGGACGACUUCAUGUCGGACAAGUUCCUCGUCGAAGCGCCGACCGCGAACAAGACGUACUCGCAGCGCAGGUCGCACGCGGCGCUCAAGGCCGAGCGCAAGGUGCGCGCGGACAAUGCCGCCCCGAGGCGGGAGGAGGAGGCCGCGCGGAGGCACGCUGGCUUGAACACGAGCUUGUUCGACACGCCCGCCCAGCCCGAGGCCGGCGGCAGCGGACAGGCCAAGGCGAUGGGGCUUAUGAUGAAGAUGGGCUGGAAGGUCGGCGAGGGAUUGGGCCGGCGGCGGAGCGCUAGCCCCGAGCGGGCGCCGAAGGCGGCAGCGUACGACGACGACGCGCCGCGUGCCGGGCUCGGCGCGCGCCAGGCGGACACGGCAGGGGGCAGGGCCGAGCCGAUCCGGAUCUCGAUGUGGGCUGGACGUAAAGGCCUCGCGGCGCGCAGCCCGUCCCCGCCACCACUACUAAACCCGCGCCGCACGAACCCCGACUAUCUAGCCCCAGAGCGGCACGCGGCGCUCGCGGCCGACGCGGACGCGUUCCGAGGCCGUCGUGGCGCCGACUCGGCGGCCAAGAAGGCCGAGCGGGACGCGGGCAAGGCGCGGGCGCUCCUGCAGGAGAUGGACGAGGCGAGGGGCGUCAAGUUCCACCCGCUCUGGGCACAGCCAGGCAACCCCGCCGCGCUCCCGCGCGAGCUGCUGCGCCUGAUCUAUCCGGACGAGGUGUCGUCGCGCUCUGCAUCGGAAGAGCUCGAGGAGGUGCCUCUCCCUGUACCGGUGGCGGCGUCCGCGCGCGAGAACAACAUGUCGGCUGCGGAACGGCUGAGGGCGCAGAUGCGCCGCGAUAUGCUGUCUGACUUGGGCGGCGGCGAGGGGGAGGACGAGGAUAUCAGGUUUGGUGUCGCGCCGCCCAAGGACGACGACGAGGACAAGCCGGCGCCGGCUGGCGCUGACGAAGCCGAGAUUGACUGGCCUUCGCUCGUGUCGGGCACGAAACGCGUGCUGUCCCUCACGCCGCAGGAACACCUCGCGUUCCUCGUCUCUCAGCUGCGUACCGAGCACCUCUUCUGCUUCUGGUGUGGGUCGAAGUAUGCUAGCUUUGAGGAGAUGGAUGGGCCUGGCGGGUGUCCUGGCGAGGACGAGGAUGAUCACUAGGCGGGGCGUGGCUGGCAGUAGACAAUCAGAUCAGUACAGCAUGCACACGCUGCAACC